GUGAGACAUCAGAGCCCAAGUGUUAGAAAUUUUGAUUGGAACAAGCAAAUGAAAUCAUAGAAUUCCCUCUCCCUUCCCACCUUCGGAAAAGUGAAAACGCCUUCCUUCUCAUCAUCAGUGGAUUAGAUGUAAACGAAAGUUUGCAUUUUUCUUGGCUUCGAGCUUCUUGGCCUAACGGGUCUCGCUUUUUGAGUCUACAGAAUCUAGAACUCCUAGAGAGAUAGAAGGAAUCGCCAGGAUUUCACUCGACAUGGAAGAAUCAAGUGGAGUCCACUCUGAAGAGUAUAAAGUUUCUUCGGAGAAAGAUAAGAAAAGAAGGCUCAAGACACCUGCCCAGGUUAUGGCUUUGGAAAAUUUUUAUAAUGAGCACAAGUAUCCUACAGAAGAAAUGAAGUCCCAGCUUGCAGAGCAGAUAGGAUUGACAGAAAAGCAAAUAUCUGGAUGGUUUUGCCACAGGAGGUUAAAAGACAAAAAAUCUUUGAGAGAUGAAGCUUGUCCUAGUGGACGACAAGAUCAUUCAAGUGGUGUUGUUCAGGAUCGCGGCAGCGGGCUUGGACAGGAUUCAUGUGGCAGCACAAAACAUGGUGAUUACAGGAACGUUGAUCCUAGGGAAGUUGAAAGUCGAAGGCUCUAUCACAAUGAUUAUCGGGCUGCAGGUUUCACCUAUGAGCAUAGGAGUCAUUAUAGAGGAACUGCUAGUUGCACAGACGAUACAUCUUCAGAAAGUAGCUCAUCUUCACAAGACAGGUUGUUUUCCCAAGCUGAGGAUCCAGAUGAUAGGGAAAAUUCUAGAUACCUAACACACAAUGGCAUCAUUACACCUAUAAAUACAAAUAGUGCAAAAAUCAAGGGAUAUAAGCCAUCAGGAUACUUAAAAGUGAAGGGUGAAAUUGAAAAUGCUGCUAUCACUGCUGUUAAGAUGCAAUUGGGGGGUCGUUAUCGAGAGGAUGGUCCACUGCUUGGUGUGGAAUUUCACCCAGUUCCUCCUGGUGCAUUUGAGUCUCCAAUUCGGAAUCCAGUUUGUGAACCAUCCUAUGUUGGGAAUUCUGCUCUUUCCCAUUCUCCUGAUAUUUCUGGACUGGAAAGGCAACCUAGUCUCAGCAAUAGAUAUGAAGUGUAUAAUUCCAAGUUGAGUUCACAGGAUUUAUGUGUGGAAGGGGGGGCAUAUUGUAGUAGUAUGCAUGGCUCUGAUUAUCAGGAUAAGAUAUCUCAGCACCAAUUAAAACAGAAUUCAACUGUUCUCAACCAUACCAAACCUUUCUCUAAGCGGAACUCUUUUUCGGAUUUGUAUGAAGAUUCUCCCAGAGAAAAAAUUGCUUACAAUAGCAAGAGGAAACAAAGAAUGAGUGGCAACUGUGGUGCUGAAGGGUCGGAGAUUGACUCUGUUGCUAACGGCCAUGGUCACUAUGAUGGGAAAAUUGGAAGCAAGUUGCAUGAUUAUGAUGAUGUCAGCCCCAACAUCAUCAAAAGGAAUGAAACUUUUGAAUUGAAGCCUUCAAUUCUAAUACGCAACCUCUGCAAGUCUGCUGAUAAAGAAGAGAGAGGGCCAUCUAUGAGAAUGAAAAAGAAGAAGAAAGUCAAUGAAAAAUGGAAGGGUAUAGAAGAAUACAGCAACCAAGUUAAAUUAAUAAACCAUCCAUCAAACAAAAUGACAGUUGAAAAACGAGUCAGACCUGAUCUUCCUAAGCCAGACUAUGUGAAAAGAGCAGCAUUAACUGGAAUGCCGACAUGGAAAUAUCAGUGCAAAGGGUUGAUCUGUCAUGGGGAUUCCAACUAGCUUCAGUGCGGAUGAAACUGCAGAAACCAGCUCUUCUUUGUAAGGUUUAAUGUUCUCAAAGCGAAGCGCAUGUACAGUCCAAUGGAGAGUCACUUCUCUGGAGCAUUAUCUUCAUGAGCAACAAAGUUUCCACUGGUUACCAAUAUCUUCUGCACUUGCAGUGCUCACCAGUUUAUGUGUAGAAAGUUCUUUAUUUUCUUUUGGAUUUUACUGCUGUAUGGAGGAAAACGUUGCAAACCAACACGCUUGACUGUAAGAAUCAUCUGCCUGGAUCUUCUAACUAUCGAAGUAUGGAAAACAAUGUUCACGAAUUUAUCACUGUUUCAGGUCAAGAAAACAAUGGCAGUGUUUCUGCAUGUGGAUUUUCCAUGCUUCGAUUUAUUAAUCAGAAGAAUUAGUUUAUCUCA